AUGAUGGCAGCCAGCGGGCGGAUUCGCAAGCGCAAGCAUAAAAGCCACACAAGUGGCGACACUCCGGCAGCGGCAGCCACAAUAGCAACGCCCUGGCCCAUGGCGGAUGAUGAGGCGACGGCGGAAGAGAGCGACGCAGCCCUCGCCGGGGACUAUAAUAAUUUCACGCAUAAUUUCGUCGAUUUGCAGAACCUCUUGAAUUUCAACGAAUUGCUGGGGAGCAACUCCAAUGGCACCACCAGCCCCGCCGGCAGCAGCUCUUCGAGCGCAUCGAGUACCAUCAAGUUGAAUAACGGCGCCAUUAUGGACACUCUGCUGGGCACGGUCCUGACCACGGCAACGGCCACGGUGGCACCAGCGGCCAGUUCGCUGAUAGCCACACUGGCGGCGGCCACCACGACAGCAUCGGCAGCAGCGGGAGAGAGAACGCUGGCCAUCGCCGAUGCCACCUCAUCCACCUAUUACGCCAACUUGCUGAGCAUGUCGCCGGCCACCACGAGCUUGAUCUCGGCGGCGGCGGCCACCAAGUCCUACAACGAGAGCACCCUCCGAUGGGAGCAGCUGGACGGGAGCGUGGACUUUGGAUUCGAUUCCCUGUACCGCCACUCGCUGGCCAUGUCCAUUGUGUACUGUGUGGCCUACAUUGUCGUGUUCCUGGUGGGCCUCAUCGGGAAUAGCUUCGUGAUUGCGGUGGUCCUGCGGGCGCCUCGCAUGCGGACGGUGACGAACUACUUCAUCGUGAAUCUGGCCAUUGCGGACAUCCUAGUCAUUGUCUUCUGCCUGCCAGCCACUCUGAUUGGCAACAUCUUUGUGCCCUGGAUGCUGGGAUGGCUGAUGUGCAAGUUUGUACCCUACAUACAGGGUGUCUCCGUGGCAGCCUCGGUUUACAGCCUAAUUGCCGUCUCCCUGGACAGGUUCAUUGCCAUCUGGUGGCCCCUGAAGCAGAUGACAAAGCGACGUGCCCGCAUCAUGAUAAUCGGCAUAUGGGUAAUCGCGCUGGUGACCACCAUACCGUGGCUGCUCUUCUUCGACCUGGUGCCCGCCGAGGAGCUCUUCUCCGACACCCUGCUCUCGGCCUACUCCCAGCCGCAGUAUCUAUGCCAGGAGGUCUGGCCCCAGGGCACCAAUGGAAACCUCUACUUCCUGCUGGCCAACCUUGUUGCCUGCUACCUGCUGCCCAUGUCCCUGAUCACCCUGUGCUACGUGCUCAUCUGGUUCAAGGUCUCCACGCGGUCGAUACCCGGCGAGUCGAAGGACGCCCAAAUGGACCGAAUGCAGCAGAAGAGCAAGGUGAAGGUCAUCAAGAUGCUGGUGGCGGUUGUCAUCCUGUUCGUGCUCUCCUGGCUGCCGCUCUAUGUCAUCUUUGCGCGCAUCAAGUUCGGCUCGGAUAUCUCGCCGCAGGAGCUGGAGGUCCUCAAGAAGGUGAUCCCGCUGGCCCAGUGGCUGGGCUCCUCAAACAGCUGCAUAAACCCCAUCCUCUACUCGGUGAACAAGAAGUACAGGCGAGGGUUCGCGGCCAUCAUCAAGUCGCGUAGCUGCUGCGGACGCCUCAGGUACUAUGACAACGUGGCUAUCGCCUCCAGCACGACCAGCACUCGGAAGUCGUCGCACUACCACCAGAACAGCUCCCGGAAGAGCCCGGGCAGCAAGGGCAACGCUGUAUCCUACAUCUAUGAGCACAACUCGCUGCGGCGCCACAACAUGAUGCUCAAGCAGGACAGCAACCUGUCGCAGCAGAUGCUGCUCAAGCAGGACUCGCACGGCUCGCGCCAGUUCCUCAUCAAGCAGGAGAGUUCCUGCAGCGACGCCUCCGGCAUCCGGCGACCGCUCUGCCAGCAGGAUAGCAACGGCUCCAAGGUGUCGCUCUCCAAGCAGGACUCGAUCGUCUCCUACAUGGAGUCGCGCCGGGCGGGCGGUCUCAACGACUCACUGACGGAAAGGGACAGUGUCUCGAGUGACUCACGCCGUCCGGGGGCCACACCGAUUUCCCUGCUGGAUAAGCGACAGAAGUUCGUCAAGCAGGACUCGGUGAUCUCGUUCGUGGACCAGCGUCCGGAGCAGCGGCGCCAUCAGCUGGUUAAGCAGGACUCGGUUAUCUCCUUUGCCGACCAGAGGCGCGGCCUGCUCCACAAGCAGGACUCGCUGAUGGCCAAUCGCACGGGUGAUGCACCCACCCACCACGUAUCCAUACUGAAGAAGACGGACUCGCAGCUCAGCUACGGAAGUUCGGCUUCUCCGCGCCGAAAUGCGGAUCUAUACGAAUAGGCUUAAAUGGGACAAAAACUAAACUCCAAACUACUGUAGGAACAGCCUACAAAUAAGAAGGUCGCUAAGGUCAAACAAUGCAAUUUG